AUGCGUGAUGACCUGAAUGGUGCCAUGAAGCCGACACACAAGCUGCUCUUUGUCCUGUGUCCCAUGCUGGUCCUGGUCUUUAUUUACUACUCUUCUGAGAAGCUGCAGCUCUACGUUUGGGGUCAGAAGCCUCAGAGAAAUUCAGACAGAGAGGCAGAAGCGACAACUGUAGCCGUGACUAAAGGUGCUGAAGUGAAAGGAUUUGGAGAGAUGGAGAGCGACGUCACCGUUGGACGAAUAGUAAGCUCAGUGUAUGAUAAGCAGGGCUUUCUGCUACAGCUGGAAACAAAACUGCCGCCAGAGUUGGAAUACAAGUACGGCAACCUUAGCAAAGGGGCAUGUAAGCCAGGAUAUGCAGCAGCCAAGAUGGCUACCAUCUAUCCCAAGUUCAUAAAAUCAGCUCCAAUGUUUCUUGAUCGAAACUUCAAACGACUAGGAAAAAUCAGCUAUUACUUGCCUCCAUUUGGCAUCAGAACACAAGAAAGAAUAAUAGACAGCAUUUUAACUGCGACGAAAAAUUAUGGGCUUGGAGAGAAGUUAGACAGUCUCAGCUGUAAAAGAUGCAUCAUUGUAGGCAACGGGGGGAUCUUGUUUAAUAAGUCCCUGGGCACCCGCAUAGAUGAUUACGAUGUUGUAGUACGGUUGAAUGAAGCCCCAGUAAAAGGCUACAGCAGAGAUGUAGGGACCAAAACCACCCUGAGGAUUACAUAUCCAGAGGGAGCCAUCCAGAAUCCUGAAAACUAUGAAAAAGAUUCACUUUUUGUCUUUCUUGGUUUCAAACCACUUGAUUUCAGGUGGUUCAGACAUAUAGUCUUCAAAGAAAAUGUGGGGGGCUUGGAUGGCUUCUGGAAGUCUGUAGCCCACCGUGUGCCUCGGGAGCCGACGGAGCUGAGAAUCCUCAAUCCCUACUUUAUCCAAGAGGCUGCAUUCCACUUUAUUGGCCUGCCAUUCAACAAUGGAUUAAUGGGCAAAGGGGACACUUUUAAGUUAACUGGUUUAAAAAAUUCUUGGACACACGACAUAUCUAAGGAGAAAGAGUUCCUCCGUAAGCUGGUGAAGGCCAACGUGAUCACAGAUCUCACCAAAGGUAUCUGAGUUUACACGCACCACCAGCCUCCCUCUGCCUUUCCCAGCGGACACUGAAACUCAGCUGGGGAAUGGACUGACGUGGGGAGAAGAGAAGUCCUUGGCGAGGCCAACCUUCAACCAGGGUUUUUACAUCCAAGGAGAUUAGAAAACAGAUUACAAGAGGAGUUUUGUGGAAAGAUGCACUCAUGUGCCUUCUGAACCAAAGACUCCUGCUCACUGAAGCGGGGGGGGACAGGCUACAGGAGGACUGGACCAACUCGGUUCCUGUCCGUCAAAACCACAGUCCCAGUAUUGCUGUGCCGGCCCUCCACUUCAGGCCCCCCCAAGUAUCAAACAAAGAGUAAGAGCGACGAUGACGCAUUGGUUCAUGGAAGCUUCAGUUUGAAUUCCUGUUUAAUUCAUCGAGAGGAGAAGAAGUUGAGCAGAGUGGAGACGGCUCGAGUAUUAGCAGUGCCAAAUGUACCUCGUACAGGGGAGAGGCUGUCUCUCCUGCUGCCUGAAUGUAUUCACUUUACUCAGUGUAAAUAUUAAAAGUUUUUACUGUGCUUUUUAACAAGCGGUGAUAGCUCCAUGAUCCCAUCCCUCACCUUUUAGUUCUAUGUGUGUGCGUCCAGAUGGCCUUUGCGUGUCCUGACUGACAUGCAUUUGUGACAGCCAGAAAAUAUGGGGAGCCAUGGGGAAGAAAAAAAAUGUCUGAAAGAAUAGGAGGACCCGGUGGUGUACUGUGAAGGCCAAAAUUCAGAAAGUCGAUGAAGGAAUCAGCAAACAGUACUUUAAAAACUUCUGAACUGCCAUCAGUUUCACUUCUACAGUUAUUUUCAU